AUGCUGGAGUACUUUACCUAUAAAACAGUCAGAAAGCACAAGGCCGAAAGAGCCGCCAAGGAAGACGCCGCCAAGGAAGACGAGGCUUCUCGUCUCGCUGCUGAAACGGGUCGCAUUGAUGCCAGCCCCUCUCUCCCCAACCACAAACCGCUUCACCAACAACAGGAUCCCGAUCACGACCGAGAGGUGAUCCGCCCCGGGGAUGAGAGCUUUCUCGAGGACCUCAUCUCCAAGGAUGAUGGGCCUGCUCCCCCCUUACCCCCGCGCCUGUACUCACGCGACCUAGACUGGCAGUCAGACAACGAAGAUGCCGGACCAGCAGCUCCCACCGGCACGGCGGGAAACCCAUCAUCAAGCGGCACCAAACAAGAAAAGGCCAAAGAAGCCAGCGCCAAGAAACAAGGCCGCCUCUCCGCCCUCUUCUCCCGCAACAAACAACACGCGCCCGACUCUCUCAUGCCCGACGCGGCGGCCAUCAGCCCGGUCGAGCGGGAACAGGAAAAAAAGGAUCUCACAAAGGUGCUCAACCGCCUCAACCUUUCCGUGAAAAACAACAAGGUCAUCUCGACCGACUCGUCCGCCGCCCUCGCCAGCUUCACCAACGUCUUCAAGGAUCUGGUCAACGGCGUGCCCACCGCCUACGACGACCUCAUGAAGAUUGUCGAAGAUCGAGAUGGCACGCUGGCAAAGGGCUUCGAUAAGCUGCCCAAAUCGCUCAAGAAGCUCGUGAUGCAGCUCCCAGACAAGAUAACGUCCACGCUGGGCCCCGAGCUGCUCGCCGCAGCUGCCGCCAGCCAGGGCAUCAAGGCCGAGACGAGUGGCGGGCUCAAAGGAGCGGCCAAGAAGGUCUUUGUGCCGGCCAACUUGACGCAGCUCGUGACCAAGCCGGGUGCUAUCGUCAGCAUGCUGAGGGCCAUUGUGGAGGUUUUGAAGACGAGAUGGCCCGCUUUUAUCGGCAUGAAUGUCAUCUGGGGAGUUGCCCUGUCUCUGCUUCUCUUCGUCCUCUGGUACUGCCACAAGCGCGGCCGUGAAGUCCGCCUCGAGAGCGAACGCUCCAUCGAUGGCGGCAGCCGCAUCGAAGAACUCCCAGACGAUCCUGCGCUUCCUGCUCCCGAAGUGACUGCCAAGAAUAUGCCGACGCUUAGGGAUUCAUGA